CCCACUCCUGGCUCCAGCGGUUAUAUUGUCCGUUUUCUACUGUCACGUCUUCUUCCCAUUUCCCAACUCUUCUUCACUUCACUCGUUCAACCUCUUUUCGAAACGCUCUCGCUCUACCCUGAUACCCAUUCCCACUCCAUCUCCGAUCAAAAAAAUCUAGCGAGAGAGAAUCGAUCAAUCAUGAGGGAGAUCCUGCACAUUCAGGGAGGCCAAUGCGGCAACCAAAUCGGCUCCAAGUUCUGGGAAGUCAUCUGCGACGAGCACGGCGUUGAUCCUACCGGCCGUUACAAGGGCGGAGAAACUGCCGACGCCGUCUCCGACAUCCAACUCGAGCGCAUCAAUGUCUAUUUCAAUGAGGCUUCCGGCGGCCGCUAUGUCCCCCGCGCUGUCCUCAUGGAUCUGGAGCCCGGUACCAUGGACAGUAUCCGAUCAGGACCUUACGGCCAGAUCUUCAGGCCUGAUAACUUCGUCUUCGGACAGUCUGGUGCCGGAAACAACUGGGCCAAGGGUCACUACACCGAAGGCGCUGAGUUGAUCGAUGCGGUUCUCGAUGUUGUUCGUAAGGAGGCUGAGAACUGUGACUGCUUGCAAGGAUUCCAGGUUUGCCACUCGCUAGGAGGUGGUACUGGAUCUGGCAUGGGAACUCUGUUGAUUUCAAAGAUUAGAGAGGAGUAUCCAGACAGAAUGAUGCUCACCUUCUCUGUUUUCCCCUCACCCAAGGUCUCCGACACGGUUGUGGAGCCAUACAAUGCUACACUCUCAGUUCAUCAACUGGUGGAGAAUGCUGAUGAAUGCAUGGUCCUUGAUAAUGAAGCACUCUAUGAUAUUUGCUUCAGGACUCUGAAGCUUAGCACCCCAAGUUUUGGUGACCUCAACCAUCUGAUCUCUGCAACGAUGAGUGGAGUCACCUGCUGCUUGAGGUUCCCGGGCCAGCUGAACUCCGAUCUCCGGAAACUGGCGGUGAACCUGAUUCCCUUCCCGCGUCUCCACUUCUUCAUGGUUGGGUUCGCCCCACUGACCUCCCGCGGCUCCCAGCAGUACAUCUCCCUCACGGUCCCGGAGCUGACCCAGCAGAUGUGGGACUCGAAGAACAUGAUGUGCGCGGCGGACCCACGCCACGGGCGGUACCUGACGGCAUCGGCCAUGUUCAGGGGCAAGAUGAGCACCAAGGAGGUGGACGAGCAGAUGAUCAACGUGCAGAACAAGAACUCGUCCUACUUCGUGGAGUGGAUACCGAACAACGUGAAGUCGAGCGUGUGCGACAUACCCCCGACCGGGCUCCGGAUGGCGUCGACGUUCGUGGGGAACUCGACGUCCAUCCAGGAGAUGUUCCGGAGGGUGAGCGAGCAGUUCACGGCGAUGUUCCGGCGGAAGGCGUUCUUGCACUGGUACACUGGGGAAGGGAUGGACGAGAUGGAGUUCACCGAGGCGGAGAGCAAUAUGAAUGACUUGGUGGCGGAGUAUCAGCAGUACCAGGAUGCCACCGCCGACGAUGAGGAGGAGGAGGAAGGCGAGUUGGAGGAGCAUGAAGGAUAUGGUGAGUAAUUCAAAAACAUGCCCACCUCCUCUAUCAAAGUUCAGUGCGAAGUGAUCCAUGCAUGGUAUAAUGAAUGUUUAAUUUCUUUCUUUGUUUCUUUCUUUCUUGAAAUUAAAUUCUUCUCCAUAUAUUAUCCAGAUGAACUGUCAUGUGUGUUUCGAUCUUAUUGUUAAAAUGUACUACGUGUAUUUCUUUCUUUCUUUUUUUGAUCAAGUUUUAGUGUUAUACUGUUUCUUUACUACUCGUACUUAACUGUCUAUGG